UGAUAUUAUUUCUAACUGAUGGGGAGAAAACCGCAGGCGGAGACCCCUUAUCUCUAAUUGCCAAAAGGAACGGUGACCUUGAAAACGAGAUUAUAAUCCUGACGUAUGGACUCGGAACCUCACUUCCAGAAUCCGCAAUAUUAAUGCUAACACAAAUGGCUGAUCAGUCAAACAGUGAUUCAACAAAAGGCGAAAUUCAGAAAGGAAUAUUUGAACAUAUAAGGGAUCCGUCCAAGCUUCGGUCGGCCAUGGCAUCAUAUUACAACAAAUUCAGCAAGGGCAGCACCCAGGAAGAGGCCACUUUCACUGUACCAUAUUACGACAUGUUUGGCUUAGGACUACUCACAUCGCUUUGUCUGCCACUUUACAAGCCUGAUCUCUCCUUAUUCGGAGUCGUCUGCUCCGAUCUUACUAUGUCAAAUCUCGUGUCUGAUAUCACCUAUUUCCGCCAGGGAGAGAACUCUUACUCUUUUAUCAUUGACGGCAGAGGGCGCACCUUGAUGCAUCCUCUCCUACCGUUGCCGUCACAGGCAAGCGAUGACCCAAUUUACGUGGACAUUCAACAUUUAGAGAGACAAAGUGAUGCCAAGGAAGUCAUAUCAUCCAUGAAAAGUGGGAUAAGCGGAAGUAAGACAUUUUUCUCAACACGGACUUUUUCACGAGGGUCUGUGGACUAUGAAGGAAUACACACAAAGUCAAUAAAUUCUACAUAUACCUGGACUCCUGUACCGAGAAGCAAUUUUUCUUUGUGCAUUGUUGCCGGAGUGGGAGACCGCCAGUCAAAUAUUGAGCCAUUACAACCGCGUGCUGAUACGUUUUUCUACCACAGAACUGAUCUUGCUGACAACACGAUAUCUUACUGUAACAAUUUUAACAGAUAUUCUACAAAAGACAGGUCGUCUGUUAUGAUAACCCCAGGAGGUUUUAUCAACCCAACGUCAUAUUUGGAGACGGAAGAGACUUCACAUGAAGUUGAAAAGUAUACAAAAUUCUUAACCGGGGUGACAAGCAAUAAUCCUGGAUUCAGGCCUACAAUUAUUAACUCGGUGACAGCAACAUUUAAAGCUGAGGAGAUUUGGAGAAACAAUAUAGAAGCCGGGAAACGGGUUAUUUGGCGGUAUCUGGGAACCACUGACGGUGUAGUGCGUAUUUUCCCGGGAAUCCAACUUCCGAAAAACUAUGACAUCACAAGACGGCCAUGGUAUGAAAGAUCAAUUGCUAACAAAGGCAAGAUGGUUCUUUCCACACCUUAUGAAGACCUUUGGGGAUCCGGAUAUCUUAUCACUUUAUCAACGGCAAUCACAGAACCGGGAUCUUCGAAACGCACAAUAGCGAUAGCGGGGACCGACUUUACCAUGUCAUAUCUGUACAAUACUUUAAUUACAAUACCUGCAUAUGAGGAAGUAUGUAACAACGGGCAAUAUGAAUGCUUUCUGAUAGAUGACAGCGGCUUUAUCGUUCUACAUCGUGACUUUGUGCAACCAUCAACGAAACAUCCUAAUUUAGAAAAUGUCCAUCUUACGUAUAAGGAACCUGCAAUUGCAGACGAUUUAGUUAGCAACAAUGUCAUGGUGAAAUCGAAAUGUAUUGAUUUUGAAAAUAUAAAAGAGCAAUAUAGCUACAGGGUGACGACAUCCUCAUCUCAAUACGACAGGCUGUCAUCAUAUGCCAAGUAUGAAAUCCGACCAGUUGAAAACACGAACAUUUUCAUUAUAAUAAAAAGGAAGCUUUAUAUACCAGGACAAACUAUAUGCUGCAAGACGUACGGGCAAUCGCCAAGUGUGUUAGCAUGUAAAAGGUCCAAAUGUGACUGCCUCUGCUAUACGACCACUAAUUUUAACUACUGUCUGAACGAAUACGAGCUGCUUGCAGAUGCAGCGCCAACUUGCGCACCUCGCACCCCAGCUCUAGAGACAGAAAGUAUUUCUGAAGUGGAGAAGAUCAAAGGUAUUCAAAGAUGUUUCCUAACAGAAUGCGAAAAACAGACGUCCAUGAGCGGCUGUCACGGAAUAUCUGGAUGUAGUUGGUGUUCAAAAGGCCAAGAUGUUAAACCUCUAGCUUCACCAUAUUGUACUAGACAAGAAAACUGCUACUUUGGAAUUGAAGGUUUAUCACAGUGUCCAUCAGGAAUUUGCGAGGAAUCUACAGAAUCUCCAGAAGGUGAAGCAGACGACUUGUCUGUAUUGGGAAUCGUGAUUGGUGGUAUGAUGGUAGUUGCAGUGUUUGCAUUUGUUAUGCUAUACUUUUUUAUGCGUCACACCCCUCACAGAAGUAGGGCAGACAGAAACGCUGCUGGGAAUAGAAACAUUGCCAGUUCAAAUUCUUUCGCGCGCGAAAACCAUGCAUUUGAUUCAUUCCAGCAAAACCAGAAUAAUGGUGGUAUUAAUAGCGCGUAUUAUGACAAUAGGCAAGCAUAUAUUCAGCCGUCUGCGCCGAUGCACAAUGUGACGUCACAACAUAUUGCGCCGCCCACUUAUGACGAGUCUCAACGCUCACACGCUCCGUACAUUUUUUAUCAGGGUCGUUACAAAUAAUAUCAUUUUUUAUUUUUUUUACGUUUUGGACACGGAGACAUCCCUAUGAGAUUAAACUCCAAGUGGAAACAAUUUGAUACAAUUAAAAUCGCCAGCUGUGAUUUCUUUUACUAUGUUUUAACAGUUAUUGAAAUGUCAAAUCCCUUACUUGAUGAAUUAAAUAUAUCAAAUACCUAUAUCAAAUAUAGAGCUAUUAUAUAGUAUAUAAUAUACCCUGCAGCUAUUGAAAUUUGUAUAAACUUAGAUAAUUGGAACUUGAUGGUCGCUAUGGAAACCAGUGUUGAAUAUAUGACAUUUUCGAGUAUAAAAGUGUUGACUUGUGCUUGAUGUUACAAGUUUUAGUUGAAUUUAAUUUAUAAUAAAUUAAAUUACUAAUCAAUCUUUUUACGAGCAUGUUGUACAAAAAUGAUAAAAUAACAAUACCAUUUCCACCGAUUUCUUUUCUAUUUAUUGAUAAAUCCUCAUCGUAUAUUUUUUUGUAUUUUUGCUCACAAUCUAUAUGUGCUGUGCAUUUAUUUAUAUGUAAAUAUUUGGUACCCAAUUAUUAACCUUUAACAUGCGUGAUCAUACUAGACUAUGUAUACAGCUUGAUAUUCAAGUCAAGACGCUAAAUGCAAGUAUUUAGCUGUUUUGUCAGGUAUUCAGCUGUUUGACAAUCAUUUUAUUUAGUUUGAAGAAAACUGGAUACAAUUGAAAAAUUAAGCAAACGACAUGUCUACCAGACGUCGCUUUCCAAGCAUUGCAGAUAUUAACAUCUAUAGAUGUACGUGACAUGGUAAUAUUAUUAACAUUUGAAACCAAUUUCCGUCGCUUAUAAAUCCAAGCACAUUAUAUAUACAUAAUAUAUAAUAGAUAUAUAUUUGGACCUCUACUCAGGGUUAUACGAUUUGCAUUUAUUUAAAAUCAUGUAUAUAUAAUUAUAAUUAAAUACAAAUCAUAUACAGUAACCCUGAUGGAAGCGAUCAUAGAAGCUUUAAGAAACGGUUUGGCGUCUUAUAAGGUUCCGUGCUUUUUAAGUCAAAUUUACAUUUCGAGGAAAUUGGAUACAAUUUCAAAAAUAAAGCAGAUGACAUUUAAGCAUACGACAAUUUUCCCAAUAUGCAAAAAGUUAGAUGUAUGUGUAUGGUCAUAUAUUAGUAGUAUAACAUUUAGUAUUAUAUUUUAUUUAUGUGUACAUAUAUGUAUGUGUUCUGUGUUUAACACAUUAAGUACCCAUUUAACCUUUCAUUUGGAAGCGACCAUAGAAGCCCUAACAAACAGUCUAAUAUGCCCAAUAUGCAAAAGAUUAAAUGUGUUUGUAAGGUCAUAUAUUACUAGUAUAACAUUUGAUAUUAUAUUUUUAUUUAUGUGUACGUAUAUGUAUGUAUUCUGUGUUUAACACAAACUACGAUAAUAUCUCUGUUACCAAUGCAAAAUCUGUACAACAAAUUAUACUUAUAAAGAGAUAUUUAAGUCAUAUGUUUUUAGCAAAAGUUAGAGAAAAAAAUCCAAUAUCUAGAAAUUAGAAGAGACGUAUGAUUUCUUUUAUAGAUCUAUGUUUACAUGUUUUUGUUUUGACCAAAAAAUAUUUGUUUAUAUUAAAAGCUUAUUAUAUUUAUA